AUGAUCAUCCACUGCCGGCUCACCCGAAGCAUGGCUAGCACAGUGCCUAUGGCGAUUCCUGACGGCGCGUCUGUCAAGGAGAUCGACGAGAAAGACUUCCCAACUAAAGAGCAGCACCAAGAGUUCAAAGGAUGGACCGCUCUGGCGGCCGCAUGCGACCAGCCCAAUUUCAUGGAUCGUUCGAGGGGACAAUCGCUACUGACGCUCACAUCCCAGCAAGAGAAGGGAACUCAUCGGGUAUUAUUUGAGUACUUGCAGACCAGUAUCAUCAACAUACUACCUCGUCUUCAUGAGAUCAUCGCAUGCAUCCCUGGGGCGACACGGGCGAUUCCUCCGACCGUGCAAGAUGAGCUCACUGUCCUGUGCGAAGCGAAAGUAGUCAUUGCGCAAAAUCCGGAACGCAGUGAGCAUAAGGAUGCAGAGGUGGAGCAUCCUUACAAAGUCUUCUUCCAGGCGAAUAUUCCGACGAACAAUCUGCCAGCUUCCGAGGAGCCAAAAGACACUAUCAAGUUCCCUUGGAGCAGAUUUAAUCCUCUAUGCACCCCGUCUUUCGCACAGCACACUGGCGUCGUUGCGGGCUUGCUCAAGAGAGUACAUUCGUCGACAUCAGAUGACGAGUUGGCGAAAGCAUCGGCACAAUUGACCAGCUAUGUCUUCAUGGUAAGCCAUCCCAAAAUGAUGGCGCGGAUGAAGCUAUGCACAGCGAAAAAGACCAGACCACGCAGCUUUUACGAUGUCAUGAGUACCGCACCAGAUGACCUGCUACACGAACAAGCUUGGGAAGUAGACGACAGGCCCAUGUCGCAGCCAUUCCUGUUCAAAGUGCCGAACGAAGGUCAACGACAGAUCAUUGAGGAUUUUUUCGACGGCGAUAGUGAGCACGCGGCAGCUUCAGGAGAAGCGGUCUGGGGUCCACGAGGUCGCAGGAGGUUCCACGCCAUGUUGUCGACUUACCUGCGCAAUGUUCACGGCGCACUAUCUGCCCUGACCAAAGCCAUGGGCUUCAGCAAGACUGCGAAAAUUCCGACUGACGCCGAUUUCGUCGACAAGGUCGCAGACCUUCUUGCGACAGCCAUAUACGCUGUGACAUACCUGACGCUCUUUUACCAAAGAUUCGAUGCGCCUGAUGGCAGUGUCCUGUACAUGCAUCUCCAGUGGCUCGAGAAGAUGCUUCCCAUCGAUGGCAAAUCCACACCAUUCGUCUCCCCCAGAAAGCAGGAUGCAACAGGCACCGACUCUGUACCUGUAACACCGCAGGCUCCCACAUCAGAACCGCUAGGCAUUUCUCCAGUCGUGCAACCAUCAUCACGACUUGAUGAUGAUGAAGACGAUAUCGAUGCGGACCAUGACGAAGCUGAUGAGUUAGAAGAUAUCGGCGCUAGAGUGGCUACUGUCUCUCUGGGAAAUGUCGCCCCGACCGAGUUUGAACAGGCUGGCUGGGCCGCAGCGGCCAAGAAGUCUCUGGACCUAAUCUGUCUACAUGACUGGAGCAUUGUACAGCUCACAACAUUUGAAGCAGUUAACAAGACCCGGAGGGAGGAGAAAAUCUCGGAGCGUAUCGACGAGGCCGUCAUCGCCGUGGUGGAAGUCAGACAGGGAAAACUGGACGAACAGCAAAAGCGCGCAUCCUACGAAGAGUGUAUCAAAAAGAUUGAGGGCCGCCUGCACACCGACAUGCAAAAAGCCAUCGAGGCCGAAGGAGAUGGUGCUGAGUACUCGAAGGAAGAUGUCAGCAAGACGCUCGAGAGAUUCAUCAACGCACCCUCAGAGACCAGACGUGGCCAGGCCUUCGACAUAACCACAGAAUGGAUUACACACUACUUUGGUGGCACUUAUCACGCGGAAACCAUCCUGAUGGCUCUCUGGGCGUGUGCUAAGGAUCCCUCAAUAGCUCAAGGCAUGACCCAGGAAUGGUUGAACUGCAACAACAUUUUCGCGGUCAAAGCAGACCUGUUCAAGAUGCUGGAGACACCGCUGGCGAUCAUCCCGGUGUCCAAGCGGUGUUGCCUCUCUUGCUGGAAGUUCUGUGAGGUACUUUCAGGCAGCGAAGAUUUUCCCGAGGCCCAGAAACUGAUCAUGCUUGGGUACCACACAACAUCGUCUGCAUCAGCACUGCCACCUUUCGUGCCCGUCGACAUGGCCAAGCAGUGUAUCGAGCAUGCAGAAAAUCGUGCUUAUGAGAAAGUCUUGCAGUUCCUCAAGCGAGAGCGAUUAGUGGAAAUGCCUACAAAGUCGUCCAGCAGUGAUCCAGAGAGAUCGACUCCAAGCAAGCGUGCGGCUCCAGCCUCGAGAGCUAGUCUGCCGAAGUCGAAGAGACGCAAACUCGAUGUCGGCACACCGUCUCCGUCAUAA